CCCAAUACCUUAGUAGUGUUUUACGCGUCCUAAUACAAAUAACGUCCUAAACGUAAAGACAUCUAGUCGGUUUAAAAAAAAAUAGUCUUGAAGUAUUAUUUUUAAAAUUUUUUUCUAUAAUUAUUUUGUUAAAAAAACAAACGCACGGUGAAUUAAUUUGAAAGCAGAUCUGUGGAGAUGUCUGGACGGAAAUGUUUUAUGUGCAAACUAAUCACUUUAUCUAUAGUGGGUACUACUGCCACUCUGCUAUUUUUUAUCUCUCUAAAUGUGGACUAUCAAUGGGAGUUGGCCAAAGAACAUGUACGUUUUCGUAGCGGCAUGCCUUCACAGGCAAACUGGAUUACUUCUCCCUAUGGUCGUUUGAAAGUUUAUCUCUUUAAUGUUACCAAUUCGGCAGAGUUUCUAAAUGGUACCGAUACACGUUUAAAAGUCCAACAAGUUGGUCCUAUUGCCUAUGCUAUAAAGGGUCACAAUGAAAUUAAACAUCAAUCACACGAUACUCUAACAUAUCGCAAGAUACGUUAUGGUGAAACCUCCUUUGAUCCGGAGGCAAGUUGCUCACCCGAUAUACUCAAUCAAACGAUAAUAUUGCCAAAUCUUGUAUUAUUGGGUGCUGCCGCCAAAUUGCAUGAUUGGGUUUUUCUAGUGAGACAUGCCUUCAAUGCCAUCACUAUUAAUGAAACGCCAUUUUUGACCAAUAGUAUAAAUUAUUUCUUGUGGGAUUUUAAGGUGCCGGCAUUGAAUAUGUUGUCGAAAUAUGUGCCAAAUAUUGUUGCCAAUUGCGGAAUGUUGUACAAUGCUCUUCGCGAAAAGAACGAAGAAUACAAUGUACGCAUAGGACUCGACAAUGGCAUGGACAAUUUCUUUCGCGUCAAUACACUCAACAAUAAAACCUUUUUCCCGGAGAGAAUUGCCCAAUUAAAACGAGAUCGUCGAUCCAAUGAUUAUUGUCCCAUCAAAUUGGAUAAUGCCUUUGAUAAUUCGCUAUUUCCACCCAAUGUACCAGAGGGCAGAGAUUUCAAUAUAGUCGCCAUAGAAAGUUGUCGCACUCUUAAAAUGAAAUACGAUCAGAUUGUGGAAUAUAUGGGUCUGAAAAGUUAUCGCUAUACGAUUGGUGAGAGUGGUGAUAGUACUGGCUGUUUAGAUUAUACCAUGGGUAUUAAACUGCCCAAGGGAUUAUUCGAUGUCUCCAAGUGCUUGAUAAAUGAUGUACCCUCGGCAUUUUCGGCACCGCAUUUCUAUGGCACUGAAUAUAAUUAUUCGGCCCAUUAUGAGGGUCUUAAUCCCAAUAAAGAAGAACAUGAGGCUCAUAUUAUAUUGGAACCUGUGACGGGUAUACCGGUUGAAGAGAAAUAUAGAUUUCAAUCAAACAUUCCCAUGCCCGAUAUGCGGGGCUAUAAUAGAGAAUUACAAAAGUUUAGUAAUAUGAUUAUUCCUUCAUUUUGGUAUGAAUAUGACUUGGAUGAUCUACCCUCGAUAAUUCAAUUCUUAAUUAAGUUUAAUGUUAAAAUAGUUCCUGUCUUACAGCCAAUUUUAAUGGCUCUAUUUGUAAUAUUAGCUUUAUAUUGUUAUCUUAAAAUCUAUUUAUUAGUUAAACAACUAACUUUGAGAGAUAUUUACCAAAAAUACUGUAAACAUAGCAAAUAAGUUCCAGACAUAAGUUACUAAUUCUUAAGUAAUUAAUAUUAAGUUUAAAUUUAAAUCAUUAAACACGUUUCUUUUAUAAAUAAUAAUUUAAUAAAAUUUUUAGAAAUUUA